CGAUGCGGGUGCCGCUUGCGCGGGAUGCAACACCGCACUGCCAGCGCAGUUAGUCUGCGGAGAGAGGCACCGGUUAAGGGCUAUGAUUUCAUGAUAAAGACCCGCUAUCGACAGUGAUUCAAAAGGCCAGGAAAGCGGUGCGCUUUUGGUCGAUGGGGAUUCGGGCGCGGUUUCCAUAAAAGCUCGUUUUCCGCUCCCUUCCCCACUACUGUCGUUGUGCUAACACACACAAGUGCACUAACAUACACAUAGCUGCGAAGCCUUCUCAGCGCGUGCGGUUCAGAUACUAUCUUCCCCAACUCCGCGCCAACUCCCUUCGUGCCCUUGCGCGCGCCGCAACGCCAGCGCUCUUGCUGCAACUCAGCAAUUCAAUAACUAAGCGCCUAAAACCUGUUGGACACGCGCUUCCUUCUGCCUUCUGGCGUUCAUUCCGACACUUUCGCGGUCCUGUGCAACGCUCCGCUUCGCCUGCAAAUGUCGCUCACCAUCAGCCAGCUUCAGCGCCAGCGUGUCGGCAUGUCCGGCCGCGCUGCAGGCGUUAAGUCUGCAGGCGCCAUCGCUCGCAGCGUCUCGCUGGUGUGCCGGGCGCAGGCAUCGAGCUCGCACACGAUGAACAAUGCGCUCGCGCUGGGCGCUAGCGCUGCGACCAGCGCGCUUAUCGCCAAGGUGGGGCUCCUCAACCCAGGCCUCACCCUGGCAUCCACGCUCCAGACCAAGACUUCGGACAAGGCCUUGGAGGUUGCGACCUCCAGCUGGCAGGCUGCGCAGUCUUCCACAAAGAUUGCCGUCGCGACCGCUCCCGCGCCCGCCGCCACCGCCAGCCCCUUCGCGGCGCUUCCUUCCCAGUGGCUUGUGGUGACGUCCGCCGCGCACUGGUUCGAGCAGCACCGCCUGGCCGCCGAAUCCGGAGCGCUGCUGGCCACCGUCUUCGUAUCGGACGCCGCCGCCCGCGCCCAGGGGCCCCUGCUGGAGCGUCUGCGCCGGACCUACGGCGGCGAGGCCGGCCCCGUGCACUUUGUGUUUGUGCACGUGGGCGCCAGCUACGUGCAACGCAGCGCCGCCGCCUCCCGCUCCGCCGCCGCCGCGGGCCUGCGCGGCCGGGAGGCUCUGGCCGACCUGGGCCGUGUGUCUAACGUGGCGGCCCUGCACGGCCUGGACGUGGCGCUGGGCUCGUUCCUGCCCAACGGCGGCCUGCGCGCCGUGCCUUCCAUGCUGCUGUCGCAGCCCUCCUCCUGCGAGUCUGCCUGCGCCUCCGUGUCCUCCUCCAUGGAUCUGGACACGGCCGCCGCCCGCUGCUGGGCCGCCGCCAGCCGCGCCGGCGAGCUGCGUCAGCUGGUGUCGGACUGGGCGUUCAUCAACACCGCCCUGGCGCGCGCCGCCGCAGCCUCCACCGCUGUGGCAGCCGCGACGGCGGUGAUCAAGGCCAAGGCGGUGGCCAUGGCUGCGGUCCCCCGCGACGGCGAGGUGCUGGAGGGCAGCUCCGGCGCGGCGCCGGUUGCGGCGGUCGUCAUGGCCCGUGAGCUGUAAUAGGACGGCACUCAAAACCGAGGCCGACAUGAAGCCACCACCAGGCUUAUCGGAGUUUACAGUUUCUGCUGAUGUUGAGUAUCGGCAAGAACAGCUUUCUAGUAGAUACGCACCCUGAACGUUUUCCGGCAUUUUUGUCUAAUAGCAUGCCGUCUGAUUUUCCUCAGCGCACUUGGCGCGGAGCAGCACGGCCUACGCAUUCUUUUUUGAGGCGGGUAAAAGAUGCAAGCAGAUGCAACAUGAGACGCUGACUAGUGCCCGAGGUUGUAAUGUGGGUUUUUGGUGUGUCAGGCGUCUGUUGUUUUGGGGGCUUAGCCUUUCAUUGUUUGAGCUCUGGCUUGGAUUCCUGGGCGGCUCACACACCGUGUGCCCACUGUUGGGUUGUUGAUGUAGUCGUGUGGGCUUGAAUUUCAUGGCACAUGCCGAUUGCUUUGAAACAGUCAUGGGGUUUGAACCAGGUCCAAGCCGGCCGCUGGCCCCGCAUUUUGGGAAUGACGCGGUCUCGGACUGGGCGCAAAGCAGCAUCUCCCCCGAGGGAGACCCACGACAUUAAUUUUGGUGCUACUGCCGGACGAAUUGAUGCCGACACCAGUGUACGGUUUGUUUUGUGAGCGUGCUCUGGUGUCAACAAAAUGAGGAAAGCAGCUGCAGGUUGAGGCAAGGCGUGCUGGAGGCAGGGUUGCUUGGCGCGUGUCCGCCUCUACUGCGAUGGAGCUUAGGCACAAAGAGCAAACCCUUGCGGGGCAUAUUUAGUGAGCGGACCUCGGAGGACGUGUUUUAGGUGUUUGGUAUUCGUGUGGCCUUUUCCUUUGUGUCCCGGCAGCUUCACGAACCUCCUGAGGUGUCAUAUAGAGUGCUGGGCCGUGGCAAGUACAGAACACAAAGAUGUCAUUGCAUAAGGCGUGUAUCAAAAGGGUUCCGCAUCAGGACAGACGGGGAGAACGGAGGGACUAUCAGCAGGCCCCAGUCCUGCAUAUGAUCUUUUGCUAGCCCUAAAACAGUUUUGUUUCCGAGUUCGAAGGUGCUAUGUGAAAUUGUUCAUGCCACUCCUGUGGCAUUAGCAUUUGCAUGCUGUAGUUUAUAAGUAGAGAUGUGAUUUGCUGACAAGUAGGUGUGUGUGAAGAAUACAUUUUGGCCAGAGCAGAAGGUCUCUAGAGUGAGCACGGUUGCAUGAGGAGGCAAUUGCGAGUGGACACAAGUCAGGGCUGGGUUUGCGUAGGAGGUGCUUCCACUGGUGCUGCCUGAUCAGCAUUGGAGCCCACUGAAAGAGGGCAUAUUCAGCUUUCCUUGAUGUAUGGCAAAUGAGCGCGCACGGCUCCCCUCGCUUCUUCUUGAGAACAAGGGUGGACGCCAGCCCACUGGCAGUGCAGUUGUAACUUGUAAGGGCAAGGGAUGUGCAUCAGGAGCAAAGCGUGAGAAGCAUGUAACUUAUGGUGCAC